GGGCUUGCUGGGAAGAAGAAGUGGAAUACAUGAUUGUGGAUUGUAGAGAGGGAGAAAGAGGGAGAGGGACUCUCAAGAGGUCUUACAACUGUCACGCCCGUCAGCUGCCACAGGACACUCGCAUUUGUCCAUACGCCAAUCAAGAACUCACUGAAGACGUUCCUAUCAUUUUGAGAGGCCCGUAAAACUACAUUUGCACCCCAACACUGUUGCAAUGGCUGAGAUCCUGGAAGACCGUGACAAGCUGAAGAAGGGCCUGGUCAAGGUGCUGCAGUGCGUGGCCACCAUCUCCUCAGCUGCCACUGUGGUCAACCCAAUAUUUGGGGUAGCUGGCUCCUUGAUCCGGGUGGUUCUGCAUCACGUAGACGACGAGGACAUCAAGACACUCAAGCGGGAGUUUGGCAGUGUAAACCGGGCCCUGGAUGAGAUCUCCCAGCAGAACCGCAAUGCCCUGCUGCAGAUCAAGAAGGAGACCCUGGACAGCCAGUACUGCCACGUGGAGGAGAACCUGCGCCACCAGUUCCGCAAGUUCAUGGAAAUUGUGGAGGCCCGGCCCGAUAACCGGAACAGCAAGAUUGAGGCCUUUAAGGAGAGCUAUGCCGAUGACCUGGGCGACCAGAAUCUGUACACUCUCUAUGAGGGUGUGAUGGGAAAAGCCAAGCUCUUCAGCAAGCCCGUUCUGGAGGUGUACAUGAAGCACUCACAAGGUGAUCGCCGUGUAAUGGAACGCCUGUGCACCCGCCUCACGUAUCUCUUCUGCAUCGGCCUCAUCGCCCUGAUGGGCUACAGUGCCCUGAUCGAAGAUGAUGAAGAAGGCAUCAGUGAAGAUUGGGCAGCCAAGAUGGAAGACGUGCAGGAGAGGAUGGAAGAAGUACUCAGAAGGUGCAAGUGAUUCCUCGGAACCUCCCCAUCGCAAAUAACCCUGCCUGCAUUCUCCAACCACUUCCCCAACUUUGUCUUUCUCUGGUGAUUCUGACACCAUUUAAAUUUCUUAGAAUUGAAAUUCACAGCUAUUCUUUGGAAAUUGUAUAAUGGUAUGUUUGGCAUGAUUGGAAUUAUUUUUUUCUAUUAUUGUCUUAAGGCAAAUCUUAUUACAGCUUGACAAACUAUGUUGAAGUAUGCAGAUGCUACUAUCAAAAGUAAUUCCCACCAAUACAAGAAAACCCACUAUGUUCACUUCUAUUAUGUGGAAGCAGUAAUAUGGAAUGUUAGCUUUUUCACUGAACUGAAGUUCCAAAUAACUGCCAACCAUACAACAAGACAGGCCAGUGAACAUAUAAUGUUGUUCUUUCAACAUUAUAAACAACACUUGCCAGUAGACCAGCACUAGACCAUAGUUUGCCAGGUAAAAAAUAAAAUUCCAUACCAAAAAUAAGCCACACAAAAUUGGAUAAAGACAAGCCAAAGUUGGU